CUUCCACGUAAAUUAGUCGGCCUGUCUCUUAAUUAUUUUCUCCACAAAAAACCAUUUUCAAUAAAAAUUAUUAAAAUGUUUGAUGAGAAAAAUAAAAUAUAAUUGAUAUUUUUAUAAAAAAUUGAAGUAUUCAUUUCUAUUUUCGACUUUUUCGGGUCUCCGUAAGUUCAGUUCAGCCAGCUUCACUAGACUAGACUAGAGACCAGAAAUAGAAAUAAAUAAGUAAAAGGCUAAAAAACAUUAAAAAAUUUCGUUUCGUAAAUGAAUAAUGAAUAAAGAAAAUGGAGAAUAUUCUGCCUUUGACAAUUAAAAUUAUGCAUUCCUCUCAUAACAUGAAAAAGCAGGAGCCCACUCCUGGAGCGAGUUCAAGUCCCCAGUUCACAGAAUGGAAAAUUAGUGAUUUUGAGGAACUUACCUUUGAAAGCUGUUUGAAUAGAAUAAGAACUGUACUUGGAAACAAUAAUGCAACUGCUUUUGACUAUCACGAUGAAGACGAUGAUCUCAUAACAGUCAGAGGUGAUGAUGAACUAUUGGCAAUGCUAUCCGGUUACUGUUGCAUGCUGAUGAGCAGAUAUGAUGGAGAUGGCAGAAGAUUCCCACUCACCUUAUACCCUAAAAUAUGCAAACAAGCCGUCAAGAAAGCCAAACUAGCCAAAUUAAAAGUAGACCUCAAAGAUGAUGAGAUUGAUGAGCCAAUGGAAAUUGAAGGCAGCAAAAAAAAGUCCGGAAACAUAGAAGAGAUAUUGGCAAGUGGUAAAGUUCGCGAUAGUGACUUCGACUUCAUCACUAUACUUGGCUCUGGGAGUUGUGGCGCUGUUUACAAGGCUAAGCAUAAAACAACGGGAGAGCUAGCAGCAGUUAAGGUCAUACCACUAGAUAUUUCAAGGGAGGUUCAACAUCAAAUAAUAUCAGAACUUGAUAUCUUGCAUCAGUGCAAAUCCCCCGUCAUCAUCUCAUUCUUCGGAGCCCAUUUCAACGAUAACAAAAUAUCCAUGUACACGGAAUAUAUGGAUGGUGGCUCGUUAGACAUGUACAUGCACAUUCCUGAAUCUAUUCUCGGACCUAUUUCCGUUUCGGUUGUUACUGGUUUGCAGUAUCUUUGGAGCCUAAAGAUACUGCAUAGAGAUGUCAAACCUUCGAAUAUUCUCGUCAACACGGCCGGCAGUGUUAAACUCUGUGACUUCGGCAUCAGCGUUCAGUUGAUUGACUCGAUAGCCAAGUCUUUCAUAGGGACAAACGCAUACAUGGCUCCCGAACGAAUACAAGGCCACGAUUAUAGUAUACAUUCUGAAGUCUGGAGCGUUGGGGUGUCUUUAUUCGAGUUGUCAUCUGGUCAUUUUCCAUAUAAAAAUAGUUUAAACUUAUGGCGAUCCAUUGUUGAUGACGACCCACCUCAGUUGGAUAAGAGUUCAUUUUCCGAGCAGUUCGUGGAUUUCGUUUCGAAAUGCAUGCAAAAGGUUCCCCUGAUGAGGCCGGCACCUGAAAGUUUAAUGCAACACCCUUUCAUCCAAAUGUACGUAAACACCAGUCCAAGCCUGGUGGCCGAGUGGGUUGUGGAACAACAGAGGCUUAUAAAACUACAACAACAACACAAACAACAACAACAAUAG